AUGCCCGGGGAAGUGGAACCCAAGGCAUCUCAGCAAUCGCCGUGUACGCCACUGCAAGUAUCAUUGCUCGCGACGAGGCCGGAGCCAUCUGGUAGUCUUCACCCCAAAAUUGCCGAGUUCAUUCACAACCCAAUGCUUGCCAUUGAAAACCUGGACAUGAUGAAAGCCACGGAAACGCCUCUGCCUCCAGGCGAGGAUGCGAAUUUACUGCAGGAUGUGCAGGAGCUACGCCGCCGUGUGAGCAUGAUGCAGGAAGAGGUGCACGCGCAGCGGCGCGCACAGACGGAGCUGGAGGCCCAAAUAAACUCCGGGAAGGAGGAAGUGCUAACGCAGCUUUAUUCGGAUUUAUCACCACCACCGCACACACCACAUGCGGUAACAGGGAAUACAUCGGAGGGUGAUGUAAAGGCAGACAGGCUACUCGUGUCUGUGCGUGACGAGUUUCUCUACCAGGUACGCAAGCUGGAGGGGCAGACGGCUUUGUGCCGAUUAAAUAACGCUGCAAAGGAGGAAGCACUCCGCACCCUCUACGCCGGGAUUCUCAUGGAAGAAGAGAAGCAGAAGGAGUGUGGCGCCGAACUCCAGGCCGCGGAGGAGGUAUGCAAUACACUGCGGCUGAAGGUUCAGGAGGCUCAGCAGCGCGUGUUGGAUUACCGAAGGCGUGAGGCGUUUGUCUCCACCGCCGAGGGGAAGUAUUUGGAGCAGAUGGAGAGCAUUUACAGUUUGCGAGAGGAGCUGCGGGCGUGCGGAUUGCGUCUUCCUGUGCUUGAGGCAGGAGGCGACGUGCCUGGAGCGUGCAUCCCGACAUUUAAUCGAUUUUGUUGGGAGCAGCACUGCGUCAGGCGAUCACGUGCAGCGAAGCCACCACCUUUUCCGGAGAUGGAGAGUGCUUGUUUUGAGAGGAAACCCACUGAGAGGGAUGCAAAAGAGGAGGAGGACAACCCUAAUGCCACUGUAUUACGUGUGUUUGCUUUUCCUCCAGGCAUUCUACGCGUGUUACACCGGACGAUGCACAGUGAGACGCACGAAGGCGCCGAGUGUGGUGGGCACCUUCGUAGCGACGUCGGAAACUUGCCCGUGGGGGAGAGGAAGAGCGGGAGUGGUGGCUUGCGCCAGCGCGCGCGGGCGCUCGGCCUCAGCCUGCAGUACCAGCAGCACGUGGAGGCCAAUCCAUAUCUUUCCCGUUACCCUGCAGCGGGAAACAGGGACGGAUGCGAGAAAGGAGCCAACGCUGUGACAAACGGGGUGGGAGUUGUCAUUCGCGGUCCAUGGCGGGCUGUCGAGCAGUUUCAGCGGGAGCUUGAGGCUGCUGUGGCGGCGUUGAAGUCGUCUGACGGGGAAGAGGUGUGUUUUCACAACCUCACCUCACCGAGUGGAGAGAAACGAGGCAUCUUCGCUGAUCCCACGUACGUUGGCGGGGCAGCUUCAGGCUCACGCUUCCGUCACUGUGAUGAGCAUCCCGUGGCGCCGUGGAAAGCGGCAGCAGAGCUGGCACAGAUCCACGCCGCAGAACUUUCACCGCGCCUUGAGGAGGGCAGCGGUGACGCUGAGGAUUGA